GCACACCACUGAAGAUGAGGUUGAAAAAGUUGGCUUUUAUCAUCAUACUAAUAAUCUCAGGAGAACUCUAUGCCGAAGAGAAACCCUGUGGUUUUCCUCAUGUGGAAAAUGGAAGAAUUGCCCAAUAUUACCACACUUUUAAAAGCUUUUACUUUCCAAUGAGCAUAACAACAAAAUUGUCAUUUUUCUGCUUGGCUGGCUAUACCACCGAAGGUGGGAGACAAGAAGGGCAAACCACGUGUACAGCAGAAGGCUGGUCUCCAGAACUAAGGUGCUUUAAAAAAUGCAUUAAGCCUGAGCUGAGUAAUGGUUACAUCUCUGAUGUAAAGUUAUUAUACAAAAUUCAAGAGAACUUGCAUUAUGGUUGUGCUUCAGGAUACAAAACCAGUGGAGGAAAGGAUGAAGAAGCGGUUCAAUGUCUCCCUGAUGGAUGGUCUUCUCAACCAACCUGUAGGAAAGAACAUGUUGAGGCAGCAGUGCUGGCUGUGAAGGGUGUCACACCUUGCAUAGUCUGGCCCUCCAACGGUCUGAGGGACAGUGAACUGGCCCCUGUGUAA